CGCCGUUUGUCGCACCGCAACCUGAUACGCGACGAUAUACACGAUUUCGUGAUGACCCAGUGAAGAUCCUGGCUUUGUGCAUCCGCUGUCUUUAUAUUGCGAAUCUUACGGCAGACGCUUGUCUAUUGAUUCCGCACCGAGUGCAGUGCCGAUAUCAAGAAGUGAUUAUUUUUUUCGAAACCAACUAACAGCAGAUGGCAAAAGAAGCGAUUCUUGGAGCAAUCUGGAUGGCGGUAUGGGUGGCGGUCGCGAUCGCAGCCUCCCUGAAAGAUGGAUCUGUCGGAUUACCUGGGCGUGAAUUUUUCAAGGCGCUACCCGAAGAUGAACAACCGGACUAUCUAACUUUUGAACUAAGUCGCGGAUACACGGAAAAAGUUAAGGAAAAGAAGCGGAACCUGCAAUUCCGCGACGAGGAAUUGACGAUAAAUGUUCCGGAUGACCUCGGCAUUCCGGAUGGACUUGUAGAAAAGUUUGAGGCUCUGGAGGUACCGCAGAAUUUCACGGAAAAUUUGUACGACCUGGUUAAAACGGAGUUCGAUCUCGACGAACCGAGAAUCCGUACUUUGAUUCUGUCCCGUAGUGUGUGUUUGGUGAACGGGGUAUGCAUCGAUCUCGACGACAUAGGUGCGUUGUGUUGCCCAUUUUGAUUUUGAUUUUGAUUAAUGCUGACCAAUGAUAUCGUUGUAUUAAGUCUUCCUUAGAACCUCGGUGACAAUUCACUUAUAAUACAUCGAGUAUUUAUUAUAUACAAUUACGAUUACGUUUCCUAGUUGGAUCAAUGCAUUCCACCGCGAAAAAAGACGCUUCAAAUGGGAUCCAACAAUGAGUAAUGUGGCAAUGAGAAAAAGGUGCGACCAUAUGAUACGUUUAUGCUGAAAUAUGAUCACAGUGUUACGUCAAAUCAAGUUAAUUAAUAAAAGGCAGAAGAUCCAAAGAAAAGCUAAUUUUAUCAUUGAAUAAGAUUACUUCACAGCAAUGCAUGUGCUGCUAUCAUAUGGCAUAUUCCGAUAUGUUGGAUCCCAAUACUAAAGUCAUAAAAUUGAUCAAAUGUAUUCGUACAUAUAAUUUAAGAUCGAAUUAUUUCACAGUAUAACAAUGAUUUAUGAGCUAGAGUUUACGCUUGUACUGGAAUUAAAUGCCUUUAAUUAAGAUUAAAUUAAUCAUCUAAACAAUAAACGAUAUUAUAUUUAUACGUA